AUGGUGUUGGAAGCUACAAUGAUUGCAAUUGAUAACUCAGAAUAUAUGAGGAAUGAAGAUUUUGCACCUUCUAGAUUCGAUGCACAAAGUACAGCAACUGAAUAUAUUUUUCAAAAUAAAGUCAACAGUAAUCCUGAAAGUACUGUAGGAUUAUUAUCUUAUGGAGGAAAUGGUCCACAAGUAUUAAGUACUUUAACUAAUAAUUUUGGUAAAGUUUUAAGUGGUGCCAAAGAAGUAAAGAUUGAAGGGAAUAAUAACUUCUCAAGUGGUAUACAAGUGGCAGCAUUAGCAUUAAAACAUCGUCAAAAUAAAGUACAAAAUCAAAGAAUUAUUAUUUUUGUUGGAUCACCAAUAGAAGAAAGCGAAAAAGAAUUGGAAAAAUUGGCUAAGAAGAUGAAAAAGAAUAACAUUGCCAUAGAUAUUAUAAAUUUCGGAGAGGAGAGUAUCAAUGCUUCAAAAUUAGAGAAAUUCCAUUCAUGUAUAAAUAAUCAUGAUAAUUCUCAUUUAGUAACUGUACCACCAGGUCCAAGGUUAUUAUACGAGGUUGUUGCUAGUUCCACCAUAUUAGUUGAAGAAGGAUUUGAAACCGGUGGUGAUUUCGGAUUCAGUGAUUUCGGUGGUGGUAAUGAUAUGAUUGAUCCAAAUAUGGACCCCGAUUUAGCUUUAGCUUUAAGAUUAUCAUUGGAAGAAGAAAAGGCUAGACAAGAAAGAGAAGCUAAUCAACAACCUGAAAAAUUGGAUAAAAUAGAUGAAAAUGAUGAAAAUGAUAAAGAUAAAGAUGUUACAAUGGAAGAUGCCAGUAAAUAA